AGAGAGGCGGCGGCGGCGGCGCCACGACGCGACAGAAUCCAGUCUUCCAAACUGGGAGAAAAUGGUGAACGUCCUGAAAGGAGUCCUUAUUGAAUGCGACCCAGCCAUGAAGCAGUUUCUGCUGUACUUGGACGAGUCAAACGCCUUGGGCAAGAAGUUCAUCAUACAAGAUUUAGAUGACACCCAUGUCUUUGUAUUAGCAGAGUUGGUUAACCUCCUCCAGGAACGAGUGGGCGAGCUAAUGGACCAAAACUCUUUUCCUAUUACCCAGAAGUGAAAAAGACAGGAAGAUGGGAAUCGGGCCAUGUAGAAAUGUAGAAAUUGCAGCCCGAGUAUGGCGCUUACUGCCCCAGAGCUUGGGUGUGAUGUGAUGUAGGAAAUUGCUUUGGGAUGAUCACCCAGGGCUGGUAUGGUUUCUUCAGUCUACUUAUUGGUUCUGUUUUGUUGGUAAAAUAUAACUUUGAAUAAAAAGGAACUUUUCCAAAAA